AUGGUGAAGCAGUACAAGAAGACUGCCGAGAUCCUCGACGGUAUUGCGAGAAUGAAAACAGAAGCUAUAAUGGUGUUCAAGCUUGACGAUGAAGGAAACGCUGUUUACACUCAAGACAUCGGAGAUCUCUGCAUUAUCCUCACAAAGUCUGAACCUUUCUGUGUCCCUGCUAGCUCCUUUCCCGACGUGGGUCCUAACCACGUCAAAAUCUUGGAUGUCCACGAAACCGCAGUUGUCAAUCUGGCUGAACAAACCUGGAAUUGUUACUAUGAUAAGAAAAAAGAAGAAUAG